GGUCACGAGGAGUCAGUGACGUGAAUGCUUGCGGAAGCACAGAGUGGAAUGCUGAUACAUUGUUGUUGUUUUGUAGUUAAUUUAGAUUUGGGAUACAUUUCGGUUCGGUGCUGGAAGCGUUCUCCCGGUUGUAACAACAAAGCCCGGCUCGUAACCGAUCACAGCUCGAGAAUUGCGCAAUCCCGACACAAGCUAUCCGCGUUCACAAGCUAUAUGUCUGAAGGAUUCUGGCCAGCUGAAUGCAUGCAGGGUAUGACGUCUAAUUGUAAAGCGAGCAAGGCAUUAAAGGUAAAGAAGGAGGCGGGCGAGAACGCGCCGGUGCUCAGCGAUGACGAGCUGGUGGCUAUGUCGGUGCGCGAGCUCAACCAGCACCUGCGCGGGCUGAACAAGGAUGACAUGGCCCGGCUCAAGCAGCGGCGGCGGACGCUGAAGAACCGCGGCUACGCGGCCAGCUGCCGCAUCAAGCGUGUGACGCAGAAGGAGGAGCUGGAGAAGCAGAAGACCGAGCUCCAGCGCGAGGUGGACAAGCUGGCCCGCGAGAACGCCAGCAUGCGGCUGGAGCUGGACGCCCUGAGGGCCAAGUACGAGGCCCUGCAGUGCUUCGCCCGCAGCGUCACCCGCUCUCCCCUCUCCCCCGGGAAGGUGGGCGCCACCAGCGUCAUCACCAUCGUCAAGUCGGCCAACCGCGGCCCUGGCUCCACCCCUUUCUCCGCCCCUUCCUAGGGCUGGCGGGGUGGGAGGGGAGGGGCGGGGUCUGUGGGGGGGGGGGGGGUUGGUUGGCCGCUUGUCGUUACUCCGACUUCGAAAAACGAACUCCCCUCCCCGCACCGGCAAGGCAGCUGUUUACAAUGUUACUCCCUCCCCCGAAAACAGAUCCGCGUGCUUAUUAAUAAGCAAGAUACUUGAUACGACCGAAGAGCAGGAGUGGCCAGCCCUGAUUCUGGAGAGUUUCCCUGGCUAUUCAGUACUUAAUUGAUUAGAUAAAGUAGUUCCUCGUGGCUGAACUGGUUGCUAAUGUUUUUGGUAGAAACGAAAACCCAGCCAGUCAUGUGACUCUCCAGGACCAACGUUGGGUACUCCUGACCUAAGAUAGCACUGGGUUGAGACAGGUUUGACUGGGCCUGUGGUUUCUAGUUUUUCCUAUAGAGAACAGAAUAAUAUAUUACCAUUAUAGUAUGGUUAGUAGUAGAGCAAUACCAUAUUGAGUACUAAUCUUUAAUUCAAACCGUGUAACUGUUGGACGACCUGAAACUGUUGCUAAUGGACGAAACAGUGCAUGACGAAAGCUGUACAUUGUGACGCACAUUCACUGUAGGCUGCUGUAGGUGUGAACGACAGGAGAGGGACCACCGUGGCGCUGACGGUAUACUGAGGGCUGUCCUCUAAAAAACGUCAGUAGCAUGUAAAUAUCAUGCAAUUUCUAAUGCAGUUUCAGAAUCAUUUAAAAAAAAAUUCUGAACAAAAGUUAGCUAAUAAGCAGACAAGGAAGUACGUAGUUGGAAGUACCAAGUCAAUAACUCCUAUAUAUAUAUAUAUAUAUAUAUAUAUGCAUCCAAUUCCAUGCUGUCACUGUCUCAUUGAACAGAUUUAAAUACUUUUUAGUGUUUUUGUUGGAGUGUGUUAUACACAGAAAAUUAAAUUAGACAGGAAGCAAAGCUAUAGGAAAAGAGGCCAGCUUUCUUUGACUUGGCUAAUUUAUCGUAUAUGAAAUACUAAUCUUUGCAUGGCACUUAAUACACAGCUGUUUAAUCACAGUAUAAAAGUUUAAAAAGCACUUGCCAGGGAUAUAUUUUUGAAAUGGAUAUUGUAUGACCAGAGGAUGCCUUUAGCACCUCUGAGUGAAAUUAGGCCUGUUCGUUUUCUGAAAUUAAAAUCAGAAUAAAGGUCUGUUUGAAGCCUAUAAUAAAUCAAUAUGAUCUAUAUUUUUUACAAACCUAAAAUAAUGAUAGCCUUAGGGGUGGGGGGGGGGGGGGGGGAUCAUUUGAUGUACGUUAUCUUAACAGGAAGAGCACUUGCUUUUUUAUGAUUACUAGUUCUGAACUCUCACAACUGAUCUCAUAUUUCAUGGUGGGUAAUCCAUAUUGGAUAAAGUGAUAAGAUUAGAUGCGCUAUCUUGAGAUGUAAGCCUUAUCCAGUUAUUACCUGUAUAUUACAGAUUUAAACUGCUCUGUGCUAUUUUACCUUUGCCACACACACAAAAAAAAAAAAAAAGCCAGCAAGCUUCCGACUGCAGUUCGCACCACUGUGAGGAGAGUUACAGCCUCUGAACACCAUUCCUGCCAUUGGGUCGCCAGACUCGACACCGCCAGUGUUGGAACCGUUUUUCCAAUAUGUGGUCAUAUUUAGACUCAGACACUAUUGUAGGAGUGAUGUCAAACUCCACUGUCUCUUCUGGUUUUUGGGGAAUUUCAGCAAUUAUCUGAUCAAUCAAACUCAGCGAUUGGCUAAAGAGUCCGCGCACUUAGAUUCCAAGGCCUAAAAUCGUUGCUGACCGAAGGAAAAUCACGAAAACCUGCAGAUGCCGCUGCCGUCCAGGUCCUGAGUUUUGACACCAGUGCUGUUGAGAGAACUUUCUUCUGAAAACUAGUGAAAUGGAAGAGAGGACAUGAUGUGAACUCUGAAAUAUUUCCAGAGGAUGUGUGAAUUCUGAAGUCAGUUCUAGACCUCCCUCACUGCUGGCAUUCAUUGGUUCUUGGCAGCGUACUCUGUGUUUCGUCAUGCAAACCACUGAUCUAUAUGAAUGUACUGGAUGGAGGGUUGCACAUGCCUGCAUCUUUUGUUAGAAAAAGCACUGUUCACUCACUCGAGCCAAUGAUUGUAGUCGGUUUCCAUAGAGUUAUCAAACUCUACAGACUUUUUGUUAUAUUUUACAUCAUUAUUGUAUUAUAAACUAUAAUUAAAUGCACUUAUUGAAAUGAUUUUAAUGGCAAAUUUAAUUAACUUUAAUUUGUCAGAGGCUUAAAGUGGCUAUCGUGCUGUUCCCUCAAUCCAGUACGCUACUGUAGACCGGUGGUGGAAUUUCAUCGCGUUGCCGAGUCUGACUCGUGAUUGAUGAUGUCGUGCUUUGAGGCUCUCAUAUUCCGCGGUAAUUGCUCUUUAUCGCCCCCCUGGUGAUAUGUUUCAGAGCUGCAGGGGACUUUGCUGUUUGGCCCACUGCUUUGCUAACAAUGGUCAUGGCUGAGUUCUUAUAAUUGCCAUUUUUUUAUUCCCACAUUCAUUUUGUGUGUAUGAUCACAUCUGAAUAUUACUUGUAAGGUUUUUUCUUUGCUGCUUGACAUGCAAUGCAUUUGGAGUGAAGUACUCAUAAUGUAACUUGCCCCCUUAAAAUAGUGAUAUUAUUUGACAUAUUACCUUUGGUAGUAACUGCAUUUCUCAGAGUAUAUUGCAGGAUGAUUGACAAGGAGUUAUGCUUUGGAUAAUCAUAUAUCCAGUGGCCAUUGAUAAGAGCACUACACUCCACAUCAGAAUGUAAACGCUCCAAAGGAACGGGCACAUUUAUGACUAAUUAUUAGACAGAUACAUUUUCACAUAUGUUGCUCAUUACAGUUUUUGUUGAGAGAAGCUGAAUGACAACUGGACUAAAUGAAUAAAGUGGAUGUGAUUUCAAAGAUUGUCCUUGAUUGGAUUGUCCUUGAUUGGAUAAUGCAGUCCUUGACGUGCUACUCUGAAAAUUCACACUGAUUAGACAGAAGGCCUUUUUUUGUCUGGGACAGGACUCCCCAUGAAACAACGCUCAUGCCACAAAAUGAUCCUUUUCAGGUGCCUUUGAUUUAUGAAUGAAUCUUGGAGUAAAGUUUUUGUAUGUAAAAUGUUUAGACUGGCAGAGCAGCUUUUGGGCAUAAAAGCUGCAUUUUCUGUAGACUGUUGCUGUUGUACCCAGUGUCCUUAGUGUCAAAAAGUUUAUUUGUAUGUGUCACUAUAGAAAAUGUAUACAACAUUAACAAAACAUCCCUUUGACAAAUGAACCACUGUGAAAAAUCCUGACCUUUUUUUUUUUUGUUGUUGACAGAAACAGGGUUCUUGCCAGAUGUAAAUUGCCUCUCGGUUUUUAACGAUGAGCGUCUGUUCCCUCACCUUUAAUCUGAUGGAAUUGCACCAGCUGGUUGAGGUGUGUUUGAAGUCCAGCAAUGAAACAGGGGGAAAAUGCAAAUGACAGAACCCUGUUCACUGCAGCCAAUGUGCAAGAAUGCUAAAUGUGCAACGUGCUCGUGCAUAAGCAGCCAUAGUGGGCUUUGCCACUGAUGUGCACCAGGGUGGGGCCCCAUUCUCUUUUUGCUGUAUAAACCUGGAACACAAAUCAAAACUCAUUCCACCAACUGACAAAAUACCUGUAAUAAUUCAAGGAGAUUUUUGAAUUAAUUGAACUGUAUUUUCCGGAAUUUUUUUAAUUAAAAUUGAACUUACGCCAAUUCUGAGGAGCGUACAAACUUAGGAGCAGGACCAUCAGACAAGGUGGAGGAGAAACGUGUUUUGAGCCACAGCAUUUGAGUGUGUGUUGGUUUUCCUCCCUUAGCGAUGAAGUCAUUUUAUAUAGGCAGGUUAGAAACGGUAUUGGGGUCGACCAUAUAAAGAAUUGGAUACUUAUCCUCUCCUCUGCGUGGCCUUUCAGACUGUUGUAGUAUAUUUUAUAUCUCGUACAUUCACAAAUAUAUAUUUGAAGUAUAUGUUUUAUUAUUUUUUUCUCAGUUUUUAAAGCUAUUUGCCAUGAAUACACAUAGGAAUGUUAACACAUAUGGUCUACAUAGAGCAGUGUUUUUCAACCCAGGUCCUGGGGACCCACUGCCUUGCAUGUUUUAGAUGUUACCCUGGCCCAACACACCUGAUUCAAAUGAAUCAGGUGUGUUGGAGCAGGGAAACGUCUAAAACAUGCAGGGCAGUGGGUCCCCAGGACCAGGGUUUAAAAACACUGACAUAAAGCAUAAGUCGCCUAGAAAUUCAAGUAAAAGCUCCAGGACUCAUGAAGUAUGCUGCUGUAGAUGACUAUUUUGUAUACGUAAAUGUUAAAAAUGAAAAGGUAUUGGGUGGGGAAACAAGAAUAUUUAUCGUACUUAGCAGAGUAAAUUGAAAGAUUUUCUGCCUUGAAUUUAGAAACUCAUUGAUACUCGAAUAGGAGUUUAGCAAUAGAUGCAAAGCCACAAUAGAUAGUCUUUUGUGCAGUUUUGAAAUAAUGUAGUGCUCCGUAUAGCAUUAUUGCUAAUGGUGACUGUAAAUAACAACACGGAAAAGCAGCAGAAACCGUCAUACUCUAAAUGUAUUACUUCAUUAUUAUGUUUAUAUCUAUUUUAUUUGGACCUUUUAUAUUUAUUUUUGUUUGGUUUUUUUUAUUUUAUUCUUUUUAUUUGUGAUAUCUAAGUUAUUGGAUUUCAUUUACGUCCGUUCCAGUUUUACGAUGAACCGCCCUCAUGUGAAAGUGCUAAAUCAUUCGCUAUUUCAGGUUCAGACUGAAAACAAGUAAAUUAUUGCUGUAAAUACAAAUCUGCUGUUUGUGUAUUUUUCUAAUUGUACUUUUCAAUAAAGACUUUUUUUUUUCCUCA